AUGCAAAACCGCUUCUGAUAGAAUUAUUUCUGAACAUUGGCGGAGAUUGCGCGCUCAGCGUGUUACUUGUUGUAUUGUUUAGGAGCCCGUUGUUUUUUUGCCGCAAUGGUCGUUAACCUCCGGAUGACCCCGUUUUGCAGCCCACGCCUUCGACAGCGCCGCAGAGCUGCAGUGCGGCGGUUGAGCCAGACGAUGGCGCACCAGGACAACCUAAAGCCACCAAAGCCUGCUGAAGACGAUGCCUGAGCCGAGGGCGCGCGGGAGCGCGCAUACUCCACAUCCCUCCCAGUAUUUCCUCUGUGCUCGAGUUUACCUCUGGAGGUCACCAAGCAGGAUUUACGACUGGUCAACAAAAGCACGUGAUUCUCCGCCGUACCCCAUAUUUGGGUGCCUACGUAAGAGAGAAUCAAGUCCAUGUCCCACUCAUUUCCAUAAUUCAUCAUAAAUUGUGCAAGGGUGCUAUAGGACGCGCGAAACCAUAAGAGCUACAAAUCAAGCACACAUUCUGGUUUAGCUCGUAAAAAUAACACAAACAAUAGCCGACAAACGGUGGAAUUGUCAACAAAUGAGCUCCUAUUUUGUGAACUCAUUCUGCGGUCGCUAUCCCAAUGGCGCGGACUUCCAGUUACAUAAUUAUGGAGACCAUAGUUCGGCAAACGAGCAAUACAGAGACUCCACAGCCAUGCAUUCCAGCAGGUACGGCUAUGGCUACAACGGGAUGGACCUGACUGUUGGGCGGACCGGUACCGGACACUUUGUGAGCAACGACCAAACGCCGGGCUACUCCCCGAGUCACUCCGCGGCGGCGACACCCUCCGUGGAGCCGGUCAGGUACACGCAGUCUACCAGCAGCACCGGGACCACUUCUCUGUCCCCUCCUCCUGACCCGCUGCCGUGCUCCUCGGUGGCCAGCGCGUCUCCGGCACCGGAGUCCCAACAAUCUCAACACCGAGCCGUGAAAAACUCCAUAAGCAGCCCGUGUUCGAGCUCCAACGGAGGUUCACUGCUGCUCAGCCGGGACUGUGGGUCCAAAGGUUCCACCCUCGAGGAGGAGAAGCCUGCUGGAAGCGCCCCCACGACUCCUCAAAAUGUCUCUGACUCGACGCAGCCUCAGAUAUAUCCGUGGAUGAGAAAACUGCACAUAAGUCACGAUUUAUCAGGACCAGAGGGAAAGAGAGCCAGGACUGCCUACACCCGGUACCAGACCCUGGAGCUGGAGAAGGAGUUCCAUUUCAACCGCUACCUGACCCGUAGGCGGAGGAUCGAGAUCGCCCAUGCGCUCUGCCUCUCAGAGAGACAGAUCAAAAUCUGGUUUCAGAACCGCAGGAUGAAGUGGAAGAAAGACAACAAGCUGAAGAGCAUGAGCAUGGCGGCCGCUGGUGGAGGCUACAGGCCUUGAUAUUCACCCCCCUGCGCCCGUCACAAGGAGCACCAUUAAAGUCCAACAUCACCCCGACUUCACCUCCUCUCAUUUCAAAAGACUCUCUGAGGGUGUGUGGGGGACAGGGGACACCCAAACAUCGCCUGUAUAUCUAACAAACUGUCCGUUCAUAUUAUUUCCUUUUCAUUUCCCACCGUGGUAAUGCUUAUGCGAGUUAAAAAAAAAGAUUAAAAAAAUCACAUCGUGUACAGUUCUGUCUAGAUUUAGGGGAGAAGAAACACACUAAUAAAUGUUUGUUUAAAUUAUUUCUUGUUCAAACAGAAAAAAAAUAAAGCUUGAAAUCUUUUAACGCAAAUAAAU